AUGAGCUAUUCUCUGCAAUUUCUCGUCGCUUUCUUCGCUCUUUUCGCUGCCAUUCACGUUCAGGGGUGAGUUCUGACACGGACUGUACGUUCCCAAGGGUUACGGUAGCUUUGGAGCUUCUACAGUAACCCGUCCAUACUUGCUUUCAGCUUCACGCUCCCUUCGCUCUCAACCGCCUACAACUAUGCGUGUGGAUAUGGCUACGUCUGCCCAAAUUAUGGAGCAUACAAUAGCGGAUACGGAUCCAGGUAUAGCAGCGGAUACGGUAACACUGGAUACGGUAAUGGAUACGGUAAUGGAUACGGUAAUGGAUACGGUAAUGGAUACGGAUACGGUAACACUGGAUACGGUAACAGUGGAUACGGUACUGGAUACAAUUCUGGAUACGGUAGUGGAUACAAUUCCGGAUACGGUGGAUAUUACCCUGGAUACGGUGGAUAUGGAUACGGAAAGUGA